AUGACUCCGCCCAUCCGUGGUCUGCGAUACCCUUCUGUCAGACCUUUGUUAGAUGGCGAACAUGAGCACAUGGAGUACUUCCAAGUUGUUUGUGCAGGGGAGUUCUCUCUAUUUUUUGAGCUCCCCGCAUGGAAAAACAUCAUCCUCCAGGCCACCCUCGCCGAACCAGCAUUGCAUCAUGCGGCCCUAGCAAUCGGGGCCUUGACCAGCAGCCGUUACCAUCCUGACAUAUGGCAUACACCCCCGGCGAUCGCAUUCUCAAUUCGACAUUAUAAUACAGCCAUCCAGGAUCUCCGCCGUCGGCUUGAUGGAUCUUCCCAAAGUCUAGAGCUUGCCGUCUUAACGAGCGUUGUCUUCAGCUAUAUCGAGUUUCUCCUAGGACUCGAUAGCCGGACGGAGAUGCAUAUCCAGGCUGGAUGUGCCAUACUUGAGAACCUCUACACGAGGCACGAUAGGACACUCGCGGUUUCUACUCAUGCCGGAUCGAACUGCCAGGUUGGCAGUUUAUAUACUAGAUAUCAUCUACUUGCCAGUGCUAUGUUUCAGCUCACUGCUCAAGUCAAUUGCUUAGUGGCAUUUCGGUCGAACAGCAACAAUUGA